AUGGAAAAGUCAAAAAGGUACAUAAGCCUCAUUAAGAUGAUGGAAAGGAAAAAAUUUGAGAAGUAUAGAUUAAAACAAAUAAUGGAUAAUAUAUAUAAAGGAAAAAUAAUUGAAAUAAAUAAAAUGAAAAAUAUUCCAACUGAAAUAAGAAGAGAAUUAAAAAAUAUAUUUCAUAAUAAUAUUUUAAGUAUAAAACCGAUCAAAGAAUUAAAAUAUGAUAGAGCAUAUAAAGUAUUAUUUCAGUGUAAAGAUAAUGAAAAGAUUGAAGCAACAUCAUUAGAUUUUGGUUCACAUAAAUCUUUAUGUAUAUCUAGCCAAAUAGGUUGUUCUUUUGGAUGUAAGUUUUGUGCUACUGGUCAAAUUGGUAUAAAAAGACAAUUAGAUAUAGAUGAAAUAACUGAUCAACUUUUAUAUUUUCAAUCAAAAGGAGUUGAUAUAAAAAAUAUAUCUUUUAUGGGUAUGGGAGAACCUUUAGCUAAUCCAUAUGUUUUUGAUUCUAUACAAUUUUUUAAUGAUAAUAAUUUAUUUUCUAUAUCUAAUAGACGUAUUAAUAUAUCUACUGUUGGUCUUUUACCAGGAAUUAAAAAAUUAAAUAACAUUUUUCCUCAAGUUAAUUUAGCGUUCUCAUUACAUUCUCCAUUUACUGAAGAAAGAGAUCAACUUGUACCAAUUAAUAAAUUGUUCCCGUUUAAUGAAGUUUUUGAUUUAUUAGAUGAAAGAAUAGCAAAAACUGGUAGAAGAGUUUGGAUAAGUUAUAUUUUAAUUAAAAAUCUUAAUGACUCCAAAGAUCAUGCAGAGGCUUUGUCUGAUCAUAUAUGUAAAAGACCAAAUAACAUAAGAUACUUAUAUAAUGUAUGUUUAAUACCUUAUAAUAAAGCCAAAAAUGUUGACGAAAAUUUUCAUCGAUUGGACGAUGCUGAAAAAAUCCUUCAAUUUGAAAAAAUUUUAAAGAAAAAUGGAAUUUCCUUUUUUUACAGAAAUUCAUUUGGAUACUCAAUUGACGCCGCCUGUGGUCAAUUAUAUGCUGAUUAUGAACCGAAAAAAAAGAAAGAAAAAAUUGAAUCUAAAAAUUUGUCUUUAUUAUUAUAA